AUGGAGAACCUGUGUAAUGCCAACACCAGAUUUGCACUUGAUCUGCUCAGAAGAUUUAAUGAGACCAACCCAACAGGCAACAUUUUCUUCUCUCCUGUCAGUGUCUCUGCUGCUCUGGCCAUGGUCUUUUUAGGGUCCAAAGGUAAUACAAAGGCACAGGUGCUGAAGACACUUCAUUUUGACAAAGUUGAAGAUACUCAUUCAAGAUUUCAGACUCUAACUAUGGAUAUAAACAGAAGCAAUGCUCCCUAUCUCCUACGGCUUGCCAGUCGGCUUUUUGGAGAGAAGUCCUACAGCUUUUCGCCGGAUUUCCUGACUAAUACUCAGAAAUUCUAUGGAGCUGAUUUGGCUACAGUUGAUUUUCUUCAGGCUAGUGAUGAAGCCAGGAAAGAAAUUAACCAGUGGGUAGAAGAGAAAACUGAAGGUAAAAUCCUUAAUCUGCUGGCUGAAGGCUCAGUUGAUAACAUGACCAGGCUUGUACUGGUGAAUGCUAUUUAUUUCAAAGGGAACUGGGCAGAGAAAUUUAAAGAAGCUGACACCACUGACAUGCCAUUUCGCUUAAAUAAGAAUGAAAGAAAGACAGUGAAAAUGAUGUAUCAGAAAAAUAAAUUUUGUUUUGGGUACAUCCCUGAAGAGAAGAUUCGUGUUUUAGAGCUGCCUUAUGAUGGAGAAGAACUUAGUAUGAUCAUCCUGUUACCUGAUGACAUUGAAGAUAACUCCACUGGACUGCAGAAGCUGGAAAAGCAGCUUACCUUAGAGAAGCUCCAGGAAUGGACAUGUCCAAAGCACCUGUAUUCCACUGAUGUUCGUGUGCAUUUGCCAAAGUUCAGGCUAGAAGAAAGUUACGACCUUAAAUCAGAUUUAGUUGCUAUGGGCUUGGUGGAUGUAUUUGACAGUGGUAAGGCUGACUUGUCAGGAAUGUCAGGGGCACGUGACCUCUUUCUCUCUAAAAUUGUCCACAAAGCUUUCGUAGAAGUGAAUGAGGAAGGCACAGAAGCUGCAGCUGCCACUGCUGGCAUUGCUAUGCUCUGCAUGGCUAUCGAAGAGGAUUUCAAUGCAGACCAUCCUUUCCUUUUCUUUAUCCGCCACAACCCAACACAAAGCAUACUUUUCUUCGGCAGAUAUGCUUCUCCAUAA